AAUACUUCCUGUUCUUUUCGGAACGCUUCUGGGAGCCAGAAUGUCAUUGAAUACCCGGAGAUCUAUACAGGACCAUCAGGUGUUCACUUAUGAUCUUCUAGUCACAAACGUUUGUAGUCAUGCUAAUUUCAAUAGAUCCCAAUCAUGUCAACAGAGUGGAUUUCUACUAUCUGAAACAAUAAAACAUUGUGGAUUCCAGUCAUUGUGUGAACCUGAAUAUAAAGCGAGAUGUAUUAACACGCUUGAAGGUGGAAUGGCGCACAUAUGCGUACCUGUAGACCUGUCAUGUGAAAAGGGUGUGUGGAGAAAAGCCUGGAUCGACAAGGAGAACAAGAAUAUUGUCAAAGUACAGGAGGAAAUUUGCCCAGAACGUAGAUUUCAGCCUAAUAAAUCAAAUUGUUUCGAUGCUUGCAGAAAAGUACAUUUAGACUUAAAUAACCUCGAGGACUGGUAUAUCGUCUAUUCCACUGGAGAUAAUAAAUCACCUACAUAUGUUUACUGCAAUUAUAAAAAAGGAUUUUAUAAUCUCUCAAAUAAAACCUUUCUCAAUUACGACCAAGACAGUGCACACGAAAUCUACUUCUGUCGAAACAAAAAGGAGAUCAACCCAGGCUGUGUCGAAAACAAGAAUCCGUUGCCUAAUGGGACCUGUGUAGCUGCAUGUGCGUCAGGAGAAUGUAGAGAUGACCAUGACCAUUUUAUCUGCAAGCGAAAUUGUAGUUCCAGCUCAAAUAUAGGAAUCAGUGAGUCACCCGGAGACAGCAUCAAAGAUGUUAGAAACAAGUCAACGGAAAUCGCUUCAGAGGAAAACAAAGAACCAAUUCAAACAGACUGGAAGCAUAUAUUACUUAUAGCUAUCGUGUUUUUUAUUUGUGCGUUCGUAUUCAUUGGAAUCUUAUAUGCAGUAAUCCGCUACCGUAAAAGACAUGGAAGAAAUCCAUCUAACGCUCUCGAAAUGCUAAGUCGUUCCCGUCAAGAUUUACCUGAGACGGAAUCACAGAAUAACAAUAAUGAGUCUGAAAGAAAUAAGGACACGUUUGAUGGAACUAGAGAAAAAGAAACAGAACUGGAUCAUGAGUUAACGAAACCACUUUUACAGAGGCAACCCAAUACUGAUCAGGAUUGUUUAGAAGCUUGUGCAAGUCCAUCAAACUCUUUAAAGACAUGUAUACAAGGAGGCGAACUUAAAAAAGAGGUGGACGAUACAUUCACUCAAAGCGUAAUGGCAAAUCUAAACAUCAGUUUAAUGUCGUGUGGCGCCUUGAUUAACGACGGAAAUCUAGAAGGAACUGUUUUUCGGGUUGGUUCUAAAUAUGUGAUGACGGCGUAUCAUGUGAUAAAAGACAUUAAACAUUUAAUUCAAACUGCACGUGACAACAUAUUUGUGAAUUUUGCGGAAUCUGUAUGUGUUGUUUCCUGCAAAACGUACCGGGUAAUCAUUGAAUUCUACGUUAAAGAAGUGGAUAUCGCAAUUCUAGCGUUACAUGAUGUUGCGAACUUGGAGACACUCCCGAAACCGUUAUUGCUGUGGCCUAAAAAUGUAGAUUUACUAAAAAUAAGAAACAUUUCUGUUAUUGGUUAUGGACAUCCAGACAGUCCAUAUAAAAAACAUUUGGAAAAAUGUAAAAUUCUAACAGAUCCAUUAACGGAAACAAGAGUGACAGCAGCUAAAGAUUUUCUGCAGAAAAAGAAAGAAGAAUUCACUCAAGAUAUAACAUGGAUUGGUAAAGAUCAUACAUCUAUUGAUAGAGGAUAUGGAGAUUAUAAUAAUAGAAAUAUAAUAAAAUUUGACUGUUAUAUGGCAAAAGGGUUAUCCGGAGGCCCAAUUUUAACAAAUGAACAUAAAACUACUAGAGUUAUUGGCAUUGUAAUAGGAAUGAGGCCAGAGUUGUUCUAUAACUUAUCUCAUAAUAAGCAAGCCACAUUUCCAAAGGAUUUUAUGUUUGAAUUUGGUGUAAAAAUGCAUAUAGUGUAUGAACAACUCAUUGCAGUUAAUCCUGCCCUGGCACAAGACAUUUUUCCACCCGAUACAACAUCGUCAAAUGAACAACUAUAUCCAUAAAACAUGACGUCACUGAGUCACACUUAGGGAUUUCUUAUUCAAUAAACUAAUACAAUACAGGAGAUGUCCUCCCUAUGCACACAGUUGUGUUGCGACUUCUAAGAUUUUCCUCAAAUUAUAAAGCAUUUACCAAUUUUAACCACACGACGAUGCAAUGAAUCAUUAAAUGAUAUAUUAAAUAACUAUGUAACGUGCACUUAUAUUAGUGUAAGAAGAACACUUACAAAAUAAAUUAUUUAUAUUUGAAAUUGAUAAAAAUAUAAGUUUUAUCAUGCUUUUUAACCUAUUAAAGACACGCACAUCAUCACUAAAACUAUUUUGGACUGUGUUACAUAUACACACAUUGGCUAACAAACUGAUAAACCAAGCUAUAUUUUAACAAUGCUAAGCGUGAAUACCUAAAAGUGUCUUUUAAACUCAUGGAUUUUUCCGCAUGAUAUUAAAAUUGCAAACCUAAAGUGUUUUUCUCUAUAUCAAAAUUACAAACCUAUAGUGUUUUUCUAUUCCUUAACAAAAGGAGUUCCAGCAAACUACCAGGUGCUAGUGUUCGCUUUCUCACACGCCUUUUCAAUGCUUUCCACAAAUUGCUGGAACAAGAGCGAGCCCUUUUUCAGGAAUGGAGAAAAUUUCCCAAGCCUUCAUGAGCAACUACACAAUUUUUCAUGAGACAGAGAUAUUUAACACAUUGUUAAAGCCAUGGGAUGACAUUAAGAUCUCGUUUAGUGCCAUUCAGAGACUGUUCCUUUUGUUACGUUUUUACAGCCAUUCUGUGAUUUUUUUAUUUUACAGUAGCCUACUUUUUUGGUAAAAAAGUGUGCACUUGAUAUAUGAUUGGUUCAUCAUCUUGUGAAUAGAUGUUGCAUAAAGUCACACUUUUAACCUAUCGAAAUCUUAAAAGAUCUUCAAUUGUUGUGUUUAUGGUUCUUUCGUUUUUCAAUUUGUUCAAGACGACUUUGAAUGAAUAUUGUUUUAUAAUUACCCUUAUGUGUAUGAUUUUUAAAUUUGUUAAGGCAUUUGUCAGUGAAACCCAUAUUGGAUCUUCCAAUUGUCUGGCGUAUUUUAUAAUUACAAAUUUGGGUAAAGUUAACUACGUUUGAUCAUGUGGCUUUCCCUUGUUAAAGGCAUCCUUGUUAAAUAUCAAAUUGAUAUGCCUGUCAAGAAGUUAUAAUCCCACGUUCAUGUUUUACAACGGUAAGCAUUUGACAUUCAAUGUUUCAACUUUACCCAUAGUAUUUUAACUCGACAAAAGGAAUGCAAUUCUAUAGUAACCGCAAACACAUGUCUGCAAGAAAGCAAAGCGCGAUAUAUGAACGUGAAACAUGCACCAUUUCUUUUUGGCUAUAAGCAGUUUACACAUUGACAUUGGAAGAUUUACGAUUUUAUAGCUACCGUUAACUCCUUGCCUUUGUCGGACAAGCUACUUUCACUUAUCACACUAAAAGUAAAAAUAAUCAGUUUAAUGUUUCUGUAUGUAAGUCUGAUGUUGAUAUGAAUAUUGGGGUAUAAAUUUUGCCUAAAUUGAUGUUAUGGUUAUGAGGGAUCAUCGAAUUUUGAUCUAAAUAGCAUUGAAAACAGAUGAUGCAUCAUUGUUCAUUAUAAUUAAUGAUGCAGCAAAAACUCUUAAGAAUAACAAACUUUGGGCAGAUAAAUGUUUGAGUUGUUGCUAUGUGGCGUUGCUCUAGAUAGAUUACAUUAAUUGCAAAUAAAUACU